UAUUGUUGAUUCGCCAGUGCCAAACGCUGAACUGAAACUUGUUAAACAAGAGCGGUCGUCGUAUCGUCCGAAGUUGCGUACCUGUGAUUUUAUUUUUGGAAUUUGGCGGGAGUUUGACGAAAAAGAGUGAAAAUGGCGUCGGGUGUCGGGUUGAUGAAGCUGGUGCUGUUCGUGUUUAAUAUAUUUUUGACGUUAUCUGGUAUCGGGAUCAUCAUAGCUGGUGCUUUUAUCCUGACGACAAUGGCAGAUUUCAACAGGAUAGCCGAAAGCGACCUAGUGAAAUUGGCUAUAGCCUUAAUAUUCGCAGGCGCAAUAGUUACCAUCGUAGCCUUUAUCGGAUGUUUGGGAGCUAUGAGGGAAUCUUAUGUUAUACUGAUGACGUUCGCCGGGUUAUUGCUGGCGGUAUUCAUUAUGGAACUGACAGUGGGCAUCUGCGCAGCCGCGUUCAAGGCAGAUUACAAAGUCGCUUUUAAAGAAUCCCUAACCGAAUCGAUGAAACGUGCACAAGGGAACGGCAGAGACAAGAACUACUGGGACGUCAUUCAGAGACAAUUCAAAUGCUGUGGCGUCGAUGGUCCAAGAGACUGGCCCAAUGCAAACCGUCCCAUUUCUUGCUGUUUGGAUAAAUUCUGCGCAGGGGACUACGCCGUCUACCAUCAGAUUGGCUGCUACGACCAGCUUGUAGAAAAGAUUCAAGAGAGCACUUCAGUAUUGGCCUACGUCGGCGUCGGAAUCGCAUUCAUGGAGAUUAUAGGCAUAUUUUUGACGUGUUGGUUAGCUAACAGCAUCAAAAGUGAUUAAUGCCGACCUCCUCUGCGCAUGCGUUUCGCGGCCGGAUAGCGCAAAAGCGGUCGAGUUACUUAAAAAAUCCAUCUUUCGUUUCAGAUUCUAGGUAUAUUUUUGACGUGUUGGUUAGCCAACACAAUCAAAAACGACGAAGACGAGGUCAUCAAAAUUCACAACGGACGAGAUUUGGGAACUAGCUCCGAGUCGUAGGCGUGGCGAUUCAUUUGCCAAAUACGCAUAAAACGAAUACCAAAAAUCAAAUAGAAAGUAAGAGUGCGCAAGAUUGCAGGAACGCGACUGUCGAGUUCCUUUAUCGAGUCCGGCCAAACCAAAUAGUGUUCAUAUUUUAUACUGUACUAAUGUUGGACCAGAGUUAAGUCGUUUGCUGGAGAAAUCAAACGCCCAGGCCCAAUGACAAUGGUUGUUCUAAAUAUUUUCAUUUAUAUUCUCAAUAGAGCUUGGAUUAUCUUUAUAUUUUGAAUUAAAGUUCCGGCGAGAUUUAGUAAUAUAAUUUUAUCACUUUCAAAAUAUACAAAACUGAAAACAAUGAAAAUAUUUUGGUUAUGUUAUUAGUUUGAGCGAAAGAUAUCAAUGUCUAUAUUGCCAUUGCCAAUUAAUAUCGUCUGUAUAAGAAAUACCUGAAAUAUUUUCCAAAAAUAUGUUGGAUUUUCCAACUCCAGUUGGCUAAAUAAGUGAAGUUCGAAAUUUUACAUAGAAACUCACGGGAAUGUGUUAUUUGUUUCAAAAAUUUAAAUCAUUGGUCUUUGUCAAGGGGGCUUUUGAUUUCUCCUUGAUUUUCAUCAACGUAACGGGCUAGAUAUUUUGAUCUAGUACAUAACAACUGAACUUAGGAGGGGUUGUAAACACUCAUUUAGUUUCAUGAUAUCAAUCUUGUCUGUCGGUGCAGAAUUUUUCAUUUUCGAAAAAGCAAUUUUCAUCUUAGUUACCAUACGAUAAUUUAAUUUUAUGCUUAGAUUGAUAAUUUUAAGGGUACAAAUAGAGUAUUAAAACGUAUUAACAAUAUUUUAAUUGUAUAUUAGACGGUAAAAAUCGAAAAUAUUGACCUAAGAAGCAGUAUUUAUUUUACUCCUUGAUACCUAGUCUAUUACUAUGAUUAAUUCUUGUUAAAUAGAUGUUGUAAAUAUCGAACGUUUUGUAAUAUACCAAUACAAUUAUUGUAA